AUGAAGCUCACCACCACAGCCCUGGUGUGCCUGCUGCUGACGGGGACGUGGCUGCAGGAUGGGAACAGCUUGAGCCUGCAAGUGUCGUCUUCCAAUUGUUGCUUCACACUUGUGAAGAGACCCAUUUCCCUGAAGGGGAUCCAGUGUUACCGAAACUCCAGUUCCUCCUGCUCCCACCAGGAUCGCAUAAUAUUCAAGAUGAGAAGAGGCAGGAAGAGCUGUGCCUUGAAGACAGACAAAUGGGUUAUCGCUAUCUUACAGAAGAUAAAACCCUGCUCGCCGACGGAAGUGUGA